AUGGAAAAUAACCGCCCAAAAGUUGUGGUGACAGAUGGAGAUGGGGCUAUGAGGGAGGCUAUAAAAGAGGUUUUCCCCGAUUCGACCCAUCGGUUAUGUGUCUGGCAUUUGAAUAAGAAUGCAGGUGAGAAUGUGAAGAAUUCAGGUUUUUUGAAGGGAUUUAAAAAAGUCAUGUUCUCAAAAUUUUCAAAGGAUGAUUUUGAAGAGUUUUGGUCAGAGAUGAUUAAAGAAAAUGGAGUUGAAGGACAUCCUUGGGUUAUCAAAACCUACGAGAACAAGUUACUAUGGGCUCUAAGAGGCUACAGAAAAAAUGAACUUGUUGAAGAUUUUAAGUCAAAGUUUUCAGAACCUGUGUUGACAACUCAACUGCGUUUGAUUGAGAGCUAUGCCGCUAAAAUCUAUACAGCGGAGAUUUUCAAAGAAGUGAAAGAAGAAAUUAUGAAGGCCGGUGAAUUGAUUGUUAAGCAUAAAAAGGAAAUUGGAGAUACAAAGUUUUAUACAUUGACUAAAUAUUGUCGGGAUGUGUAUGAAAGAACAGUUGUUUACGAUGGUGAUACAUUCCAAUGUUCGUGCCGGUUGUUUGAUUCUCGUGGAUUUCCUUGUUCUCAUAUUUUUCAUGUGAUGGAGGAAGAACAUGUUGAUCACAUUCCUAGCACUUUGGUAUUGUCGCGAUGGACCAAGGAUGCUAAAAUUGAUUAUUUGAACAUGGUGGAUGUUAAUGAUCCAGUUGAUUCCGAUGUGAUUGAGCUUGCCCGUUUUGGUGCAUAUUGUUCUGUUUUGACAACAUUUUGCAAAGAAGCUUCUAAAAAGAAUGGUGUUGUUGAGGAUCCUAUUGGAACACAAAAGUCAGUUGUUGGUGAUCCUAUCCCGGUUCAGAGUAAAGGUGCUCCAAAGAAAAAAAAAAAAAUGACACAAAAGCUCUCAGGCAUUGUACACAUUGCAAGAGUACAACUCAUAAUGCGAGGACUUGUUCGGACAAAAAGAGAGAAAAAAAGUUGCAAUGCUGAAAGUAGUGUGCAAGACAAAUUUUCAGAGCUACCGGAAGACCGUUGUGAAAGUAGUGUGCAUAAGAAAAAGAAAUGUUCAGAGCAACCGAAAGAUCGUUGUGAAAGUAGUGUGCAACAGAAAAAGAAAUGUUCAAAGCAACCGAAAGAUUGUAAUGAAAGGAGUGUGCAGAAGCAAAAGAAAUUUUCAGUGCAACCGAAAGACUGUGGCGCUAAUGUGUCAACACCAACACAUGUUGAUGUUACAAGUGCGACCGGGAAAUUCACUCUGAUGUAUGGAUUUCAACCUAUGAUUCCUAUGUUACACCCGAUUAUGCAACAGAUGCACGUACCAUCAGUACAACAUGUUCCACCUGUACAACAUGCAACUUCUAUACCACAUGUACCACAUGUAUACCAAGUUUAUGGAAUGAAUGUUGGUGCAAAUUCAACUUCGUGUUAUGGUCUGUUACAACAGGUGGUGAAAUCUGCUGAUCAACAACAAUGA